AUGUCAGAGACCUCAAAAGAUCGAUUAAGAGCACCGUAUAGCCAUGAUGUUCAAUCGUCAGAUUUAUCACGACUCAGCUCUACCUCCAAUGUCUCUCUACGAACAACACUGGCUGACGAUGGCAAUUCCGGAAGGACGCCCAACCCCGAUAUAAACAACGAAAAGCAUACUACCGUGCUGUUCGUGGACGACAAGGGUGAAGAAAAUUAUGAAGAGGCAGUACCGGACGAUGAUCCCCUACUUCGUGAUAUCCCGUGGCAGGUUCGGCGAGUAAUUAGCCUGGACGAUGAUCCGAAUACUCAUGUUAUCACGUUUCGGUAUUUCUUUAUGACUUUGCUAUUCAUCGCGCCGGGUGCCUUUUUGGUACAGCUCAACAAUUUCGCACCACACAUGCACCAUAUUCGAUAUUCUUCGUCCAGAUUGCGACCAAUUACCUAGGGGAUUGGAUGGCUAGGUAUCUUCCAGCUCGGGAAAUCCGGUUACCAUUCACAAAGAAGUGCUUCAGUCUUAAUCCGGGACCUUUCAGUUCUAAGGAACAUACGAUGGUGACCAUUUCAGCAAGCAGCGGUGCAACAUACAAUAUGGCUUUUCUUCCUAUUUCGAUUGCAGAACUAUUCUUUGAUACACGCAUCAAAACUAUGGUUGCACUUCCUUUCAUGUGGGCUGUGGUAAUACUGGGGUAUGGAUAUGCAGCGAUAGCACGCCAGUUUUUGAUACAUGAUCCACAAUAUCCAUGUUACGUAAUUAAUUAAGCUUUACCGACUAGUCACUAACUAUACCAGGUAUCAAGCGUAAGCUUUCACCAAGUUUGCACUUCCCCAACAUUAUAUUUCGAAGACUAACCAUAAACCUGUAGACUUUGUCAAACCGCUCUCUUCGAAACUCAAAAACGUCAGCGCCAAUCUCCGUCUCCAGUUUCAAGACGGCAGAUGACAAUUUUCUUCUUAGUUCUUGGUGGAGUAACACUUUGGCAGUUCUUGCCGGAAUUUGUGUUCCCAUUUCUGCAGUCUCUUUCGAUUCUGUGCUGGAUGGCUCCCCAAAACAAAACUUUGAAUUUCAUAGGUGGGGGUUUGGGUGGAAUGGGGGUUUUGAAUUUUUCACUUGAUUGGUCUAGUAUUAGUGCUUUUGGGAAAGCUGGAAGCUUAUUUUUAACUCCAUGGUGGACACAAUUGAUAGUGUACUUGGGUUUCGUCGUUAAUUGUUGGAUAAUGUUGCCUCUGGCAAAAUGGGGAGGGAUUGGGGGCUGGAGUAAAUAUUUGAUGUCCAAUCGACGUUACACUGGUGAGAAAGCCCUUUGCCUGGGAAAGAAAGAACAAAUGAAACGGGAUUCAUCUAAUGUAGGGCAGUAAAUGGUACAACGUAUCCAGUCGACCAAAUCAUGACUUCCCAAUCAAGUCUCAAUGAAACAGCAUACGCCGAACUUGGUCCUCUGUAUAUGAGUACCCAACUCAGAUGGGGAAUGUUCUUUGACUUUGCGUCAUAUUCCUCUGCAAUGGUAUGGAUGGCGAUUUUUGGAUAUCCAGCUAUAAAAUCCGCCUGGCUGAAAUUCAAAGACCGCUCCAGUAAUGGAAGGAGAAAACCCGUCAGUGAACAGUACCCGGAUCAGCUUAAUGUCCUUAUGCGAAAUUAUAAAGAGGUUCCUUUAAGUUGGUUUAUGGUUCUCAUUGGAAGCGCUUUCCUAGUUAUCAUGACUGUGGUGGCAAAAACAGACCUUUAUAUACCAUGGUGGACGGUGCUGGUAGCCAUGAGUACUGGUGCCGUCGUCGUCGUGGUAUGUUGUCUCGUGUUUGAUAUGAAGCAUAAAAAUACUAACGAAAUAUAUAGCCUCUUGGUUGGUUGUACUCUAUGUCAAAUUUCCAACUUGUGAGUCCUUUUCAGCCCAAGAUUGCCAGUUAUCUGCUAACUAUUUCGAGCCCGUUGGAACUACGAAUGAGCUUCUCUACGGAUUAAUGGUAAACUCUGUUGAUGGUUACAAGCACCCUGUCGGCGCUUUCGUUUACAGCACAAUUGCAGGUGAUGCAUGGUAUCGUGCCCAGAUCAUGCUUCAAGAUCAGAAAAUUGGACACUACAUGCUUAUACCACCACGUGCGGUUUUCUUCUCCCAAGUGUUUGGUUCAACGAUUGGGGUGCCUAUAAAUUAUGGAGUCGUUCGAUGGGUAUUGAACUUGAAAUUUGAUUAUGUUUCAGGCAAAUUGGUAGAUCCUGCACGGUAA